AUGAGCAAGAGUUAUCAGAGCGUUCCUCAAGAGGAACCCAUAGAAAGUAAUGUGGGACCUGCCCAAGCUCCUCCUUCCUACACAGAAGUCGGAGAAACAAAUCCUGCUGCAACUCCUGCUGUGGAGGAGGUAUUCAAGGAUACAAGGCCGGUGGCCGAAUGUGGCCGAACCAUUCGAAUGGCCUUUUUGAGAAAAGUUUAUGCAAUUCUGAGUGCUCAGCUUUUUGUCACCUCGUUAUUUGGCGGCAUUUUUUAUUUGGAACCGACAUUGUCCCUUUGGGUGAAAAACCACCCAUGGUUUUUACUUGUCAAUUUCUUUGUGUCUCUGGGCGUCCUCUUCGGCCUUAUUUUGAAGCCGUAUUCGUACCCUAGAAACUACAUUCUCCUUUUUACAUUCACGGCUUUGGAAGGUCUUACCCUAGGCACUGCCAUUUCCUUCUUCUCAGCUCGCAUUAUCUUGGAAGCCGUGUUUAUUACCCUCGGAAUCUUUGUGGCUCUUACCGCUUUUACUUUCCAAUCCAAGUAUGACUUCAGUCGUCUUGGAGGCUUUCUCUACAUUUCGUUAUGGACGCUUGUUUUAUCCCCCUUGGUUUUUAUGUUUAUGCCAUCCAUGCCCUUGGCUGAACUGGCUUUUGCUGGCUUUGGCACACUUGUCUUUUGCGGUUACAUCUUGUACGACACUCAUAAUAUCCUUCAUCGCUAUUCUCCCGAAGAAUUCAUCAUGUCCAGUUUGAUGUUGUACCUUGACUUUAUCAACUUGUUUGUUCGUGUUCUGCAGAUCGUCGGAAUGCUUCAAGAUGAUGAUCGCUAA